CUUGUAGGGCAUUGGUGAUUGGGCAGCGGGCCCACAACAACGCCCGCCUACCUGCCAUUGUUAUUUAAACGUGCAGAGUGCCAACGCGGAAUGUUAUACGGCUAACAAACGACAUAAGGAGGCGUUGCAAAAAGCUGUAAAGACAGUGUUUUCUCUACGCUAGCCCCCUACCAUUCAAUUACGAUGCUGCUGAAGUCAAUAGCAUCUCUUUGCAUCCUGGCUGUUGUUGCAUUUGCUGUACCUGCUCAGGAGAAGCGAAUACAUCAUCACGCUGAUCUGAGUGAUCAUGUCCACAAUGAUGCUCACGGCUUCCAGUAUGACCACGAGGCCUUCCUGGGCAAGGAGGAAGCCAAGACCUUUGACCAGCUAACACCUGAGGAGAGCAAAGACAAAUUAGCCAAGAUUGUGGACCGCAUUGACACUGACAAGGAUGGCUAUGUCAGUCAUGCUGAGCUACACUAUUGGAUCAAACACCGACAGAGGAGGUACAUCGAGGAGAAUGUGAACAAACACUGGAAUGACUACGACAAGAACCAAGAUGGCAAGAUAGGCUGGGAGGAGUACAAAAACAUCACCUAUGGCUAUUAUCUGGAUGAGGAGUUUGAUGACAUUGAGGACAAGGCCACCUAUAAGUCCAUGCUCAUCCGGGACGAAAGGCGCUUUAAGACAGCUGAUCGAGACCGUGAUGGUGUUGCCACACGUGAGGAGUUCACGGCCUUCCUUCAUCCUGAGGAGUUUGAUUACAUGAAAGAUGUGGUGGUGCAGGAAACCAUGGAAGACAUUGAUAAGAAUGGGGAUGGCAAGAUCAACUUAGAAGAAUACAUUGGUGAUAUGUACACACCAGAGAAUGAGGAGAGUGAGCCUGACUGGGUCCAAACAGAGAGGAAACAUUUCUCAGAUUUCAGAGAUGCCAACAAGGAUGGCUACCUAGAUGCUGGUGAGGUGGCACACUGGAUUUUACCAGGAGAAGUUGACCAUGCUGACAAUGAAGCCAAACACUUGAUCCAUGAGACUGACACUGACAAGGACGAGAAAAUAACCAAGAAGGAAAUUCUGGCCAACUGGAACAUGUUUGUGGGCAGCCAAGCGACCAAUUAUGGGGAAGAUUUAACGAAGAGACAUGAUGAACUUUGAGCUGUUUUCAUUUGGGUUUAUAUUUCAUUACCCUGGAGAGUUACAAUGGUUUGAUGAUAUGGAGAGGGACUUAUUGAAAUUGGUGAAGUAAGGAACCUUGAACCCACACACCUUCAUAUUCAUAUUCAGAUGUUCAGACAUUCUAAUUCAAUGUGUACAUUCAAUGUGUAUGGAAAUACAGAUGAUGCUAAUGAUUCCACACAUACACACAAAGAGUUCUCCUUUUGUUUUAUUUACAUAUACAUCUGAUUUUUAACUGAGUUUCAUAUCCACACAGAUGAAAUGUUGUUGUUCAGUGGAAACUGUAUACCCAAAAAAUCUAACUUACAAACCAGCAAAAGUGUGAAUAAUGUCCACAGUGUGCUGGCAUCCAGUUGAAAUGAUGCUCUUGUCUAAAUAGUACGAAGGUGAUCUUAACACAGGGGGUGUAUAGUUGUUCUUAUGUAAUUUAAGAAAAGCCAGUUCUAGGCAUACAGAGUUUCAUUUUGCGAGACUGAUAUGGUUGCAUAUCUCAGAAGGUAUUUGAAAUGUGGAAGUUUGCAGUUAAAAUGUGUAUGAAAUGCAUAAUUAGGAGAAAACGAAUAAGUUUGUAACUGAAGGGCUGUGUUAAUUUUUGGGUUUGAAUAUUAAAUGUCUUGCUUUUUCUACAAGUUUGUAUUUUGUACCAACCCUUUUUACUUUACUGAUUGUAAUUCUGAGAAAUUCUUCUUUAUUUUUCAUAGUGCCAAAUCACAAGUCCCAAAUGGCACUUGAGAUGGAGCAGGUCUAGAUCAUACUCCGUUAUAGGGUUAGGGUUAGAAAAAUGAAACACUAAAUGCUAAAAUAUUAUCAAUUCAGCAGUGUAGCUCUCUGCUUCUGUAGGUGGUGUUUUAGUAGUUUCUGGCAGAUCUCCCUACAGUAAAAUAUCACAUGGAUUACAUUGUGUUGAAACCGAUAGAAAUUUUGGUUUAGAUUUUAGUGCUAUGGAGAAGUAUCCUGGCUCAAGAAAAGAUGAGACUGCUUGCAAUAAAUGAGUCGAGUAGCUAGGGACUAGUAGCUAUAACAGCUGCUGAUUCCUCUAUAGCACCAAACAUUCAAAACAAAUUGCGCAAAGACAGCUCCUGAAAGCCUUGGGUUCACUAAAUGUCAGUUGCUCUUUGUUACAUUUACUGCUUGUAAAUUGUUUACAACUAAGACAUCCAAAUGUUUUGUUCUCGGUAUACUGUAAGGGCAAGCUCCAAAAACACUGCAUUUCACACUUACAUAAUGCAACUUAAUGACAUUGUUCAACCCUUUUCAUGACAUUGUACAAUUGUUUUGACUAAGUAGUCCUCUUCAGGGUGAGUAAACGUGACCUUCACGUGUAAAACUAUUUGAGUGUCCCUUUAACUCCCAAGCCCAUCUUUCCAACUUUGUUUUUGUGGAAUGAAAGAUAAAGAAGAAAUGGAAAAAUAAAUUUUACCCCCACAAUGGCAUUAAGAUUAAGCAUAGACAUCUGACAGAAUUAGAUAUUCAAUAGAGGAAAUGAAUGGAAGAAAAAUGAUGUUGAAUAAAAAAUUAUUUAAAAAAACAA